GGAGUUCCGCACCUUACCAUCGGCGCUCUAGACGCCUGCUCGCACUUGACUUUCGUUUCCAUCUUUGGAGAAGGCUGCUGGCCAGCGAAUCACCCUUACCAUGUUAUCCCGCUUUGCCAGGGCGUUUAUCGUCAUAAUAACCGCCAUGCUCCUCCUCGCCAUGCUCGGCUUCUUCCACCCCCCAACACGAACGUACUUCGAUCCUACCUCAGGAGAUAUUUUUGGAGACGGCGGCGUUGAGGGCUCGCUCCGCCAGGACCUCGCGAAGCUACCCGUGAACGGUGCUGGUGGCGUGAUCAUGCCGAAGCUGGGAAAUGCGACGGCCAAAGCUGAACUCGGCCGCGCGACCUGGAAGCUACUGCAUACCAUCACGCUCCGGUUCCCUGAGAAUCCAACACCAGACGAGCAAGAAGCGCUCAGAUCCUAUUUCCACAUAUUCUCGCGCCUUUACCCAUGUGGGGAGUGCGCGACGGAGUUCCAGCAGUUGCUGAAGAAGUUCCCGCCACAGACAUCCUCUCGGCGAUCUGCAUCGCUAUGGCUCUGCGACGUGCACAACACCGUCAACAAGCGCCUCCGCAAACCCGAAUUCGACUGCGCCCACCUCGACGAGACGUACGACUGCGGGUGCGGGGACGACCCGGUGACGCCCACGGAUCCGGUGAAGGCGGAUGCCAGGGGUAUGGCGGGGGCGGAUGCCAGGGGUGUGGCGGGGGCGGAUGCCAGGGGUGUGGCGGGGGCGGACGCCGUAAUUGCAGCAGGCGUGCCCGGAGAGGCUGAUAGAAUAGGGAAGGAAGAUAUCCCAGGGGCACCUGCAGACCCCAUGGACCUCGAACGCGAUCCUACGAAGGACGACGUGACUGGCGCGGGGAUGAUUCGUGGGGGCAGAUAGCUAGUCUCUCAAACUGUCCAGAGCUGCUUCAGGUGCUCGUAUAGGCUGCUUUAGGUGCAUUGCUGUAUAUUCAUGGAGGAUUUGCCAAUUGUUGAACCUAUUUAGGGCAG